UAUCCACCUUACCUAUCUAUGACCGAGUGUUCGAGUAAAAAGAGCGGUAAACCCCAUUGUAUCCGCUCUGUUGGAAUUGUUGUGGGUGUUAUCGGCCAGUCACAGUUGCGGUGGCGGCCCGAAACGGAAUCACAGGGUGCGGCCUAAACAACUCGCACCUCUCUGGUGGAAUUCCCCAAUUCCCCAGAUUGAUCUCCCGACAGAAUGUCACCGCCAUCUUCGGCAACCCUCAAACCAGGUGCAACGAAACGCUCCGCACCUUACCAAACUGCUGCCGCAACGGGCAAUCCUACUCUAUCACCGCCGAACACCCUCAGGAAGAAACCAUCUGCGGGGAUUUUAACCACGAGCACCACUGCCGCGGGCAAAAGAACGGCCCGGAUCACAACAACAGCAACCGCUUGCCCACCACCCGCCACUGCUACCGCUACCGCGACCGCGACCGGAAACACGCGACUCGGGUCCCGCCAUCCUCUGCGAGCUCGAAACGAAAAUGCCACGCCGGCGGUACGGAUUGUGAAACCAGGAACCGGCACACCAAAACCACUCCCGACCACGGUCAGGAUGCCACCAUCUGAGCGGCCAUCCGUCGCGGGCCAUCGGCAGCCCACGGUUGGACGCGCCGUAAACAAACCGCCCUUGACCCCGAAAAUUGCGACACGAGCAGCCGCCCCCCAACAACAGGCCCCAACACUUACGACACCGCUCAAACGGCGCUCCACCGCCGAAUCAACCCUGAAUGUUAAUGGCAACAACCCCCGUGACCGAGAUGAAUUAACAUCCCCCGUUUCCGCUUUUCUCGGCAACAACGUCACUCCACGAUCCGGUGCAAGACAGAGUCGCGUCGACAGUGCUAGCAGCACCCCAAAUGGCACGCCAAACCCGGAUCGACAAGAUCCCUUGGAGACACGGGCGGGCCUGGGCGUUUCAGGGGCAGAGGACGCGCACAGGAGACCGGUGGUGACGUUCAGUCCCGCUUCCGAAGUUGGCGGUGGGACACGACAAGAUCGAGACUCGAAGUUCUUUUACGCCUCCGAUGCCCCAAAACCGGCGCCGCAGACGACAGCUGUGAAGCCGUCUGCUCCUCAGCAGCAAAAGUCUACGACCUUCUUCUACGCAAACGGGAAUACCUUACCGGAACGGCAGGCUGGCGUUCCCAGACCGUUCUCCCCGCCGGUGACGUCUCCCACACCCCAAGACAGCUUGGCGAGCAAGUUCAUUUAUGCCAACGGGAAGCCUGGGCUACAACCUCCAGCGAAAAUCGGACCGGCGAUAAGGAAGUCGCCAGGUUCCACUGUCUCGACGGCAACUAGGGUACCGAGCGGCGGGCGGGGGAACGUUCCGAGGGCUCUAUCCCCUAUUAAAUCGCCACAACAGACCGUACCGAAGACUGGAAACUCGGGCAUUAUCUCUCCCCGAUCACCCGUCGCGGCAGUGAGCCCUCAGAUCAGCACUCAGCUCAGCCAAGGAAGAGUGAAUCUCGAUCGCCCAUCACGGCCGAAGUCGCAUAGUUACUCAAAAAGUGCUACUAGCAUCGAGCUGCCCAGCACUGCAAAGCGUGCCUCCAUCCACAACCCCCUUCCGUCUCUUCCGUCCUCUAGGAGCACGUCUCCUCUACUCUCACCGAACCCUGAGCCGGCGUUGCCAAGCACUUCAACCGCGAGCGGGUUUGCGUCGCUGCUCCAGGCGGCAGAAGAUUUCGCCGAGGCAGAGGAGGAUCAACCCGAGUCCCUCAACAGCCCGACAAAGUCGCCGCAGGAUGGCCAACCGACAGAGCUCGUUGCCAACGCACGGCGGGAGCGUAAGGUGCAGGACCUCCAGAUCACAAACGCCAGCCUCGAGGCCAUCAACCGCACACUGGAGCGACAAUUGAGGAAACAGACGGCCGAGCUGCGGAGCUACCAGCGGCUGUCCAGAUCAGGGCGGUUGAGCAUGGGCUCCAUGGGGAGUCGAAUCCCCUCGGACUCGACCGUAGAAGGAGGCGGCCUAGCGAGAGCCGGUAUAAAUCUGGACGACCUGAGCGAGGAAGCGAGCGAGAUUGAGGCCGAGGAUGCCGAGUUGGACAAGCCCGAUGAGCUAGAGGAAGAAGAGGAAGAGGACGACAUGUCGGGUUCGGAGGCCGAGGGGGAGAUGAGCCCGGGUGCGACCGAGCUGCGUCACGAGAAGCGGCGGAGAGACGAGCGGCGCCUUGAAGUGGACCUGUCCAAGCACCAGCAGCUGAUUGUGGACAGCCAGAAAAUCAACCAAAGCCUCAAGCGGUGUCUCGGAUGGACGGAGGAGUUGAUCAAAGAGGGCAAGCGCGCGCUUGAAUACCAGGUCCGGGCUAGCGAUGUCGAGCUGGGGGGAAGAGUCCUCGCCCCGGAAGAGGUGGAGCGUCGGGAGCGGAGCGACGAGGAAGCCGAGGACCACAUCCUGGGCGAAGACACGAUUUACGCGAUAGACUCACUGGACGAAGAGUCCCGGGUGGACGAAGAGUCCCUCGUAGAUGAAGAGUCCCUUGUGGGCGACCACGCAACAACCACAUGGAGCAAAGACCCGCAGGAUAGGGAUAGCGGGAUCGAAAUGCCCAGGGAUGGCGGGGAAGAAGGGAGAAGAGAGACACCGAGCAGCCGAUAAACUGGCUGACUACCCACGCACGCGCGAUGGCGUCACUCACCACUCACGGAACAUUUCCUUCGUCAUGUCAUUUUCCUUAAUCUCUCAAGUCCGGCGCUGGCAUUGGGAACAGGCAGGAGUAGGGGGUGGCGUUGUUGCUUUCUACCUUGCAUUGCGCGGAAACAAACAUACGACGGGGCCGGGACACAUGCGCAAUCCUUCUCGGGG